AUGCCAAAAAAAUUCGUGCUGCCAACCGCCCUUGAACCAUAUAAGGGGUUCGGUGAUCCUCGUACCCAUAUUAAAAAAUUUCAAUCUAUGAUGUUCUUUAAUGGCGCUUCUGAGCCAAUACUUUGUCGAGCUUUCCCCACUUAUCUUGAUGGUGCUGCAUUACUCUGGUUUUCUAAGUUGUCUGCAGGUUCAAUCUCCCCUUUCGAAGAACUAGCAAGAUCCUUCAUCGAUUACUUUGCCGCAUCGAGAAUAUAUGUGCAUGGGUCAGACUACUUGAGCACCAUCAGACAAGGGCAACAAGAGAGCCUAAAGAACUACAUGACACGGUUUGCCGACGCAACCAUGGAAAUUCUAUAUCUGAACCCGAAGGUCUAUUUACAUGCCCUCAAAAGCGGCCUCCGACCUAGCAAGUUUCAAGAAAUGAUCGCAGUGACAAAACCAAAAACUUUGGACAAAUUUCGAGAAAAGGCUGUUGGGCAGAUAGAGGUAGAAGAGCUUCGUGAAGCUCGGAAAACAGACAAACACCCACCCAAAAGAGAAGAGGAGAAGGCUUUCAGGUCGUCAGGAAACAAGGAAUCAAAGAACCUUUCAAGCUCACACCCAAAUUUGAUACCUACACCAGAUUCAACAUCAAAAGGGAAAAUAUAA